GAGGAAGUCAAGGCGCCUGCGCGGAGAGGCCGCUUUCCAUCCGGGUCUCUGUCCGUGCGGUGCAGCAGGUCGGUAGGCGGGAAAUGGCGACUGGCUGAAGGAGCUGGUUCUGUUGCUGCUGCGGGCUAAGCGGGAAAGACACCACACAUUGCGCAGUCGGGACCAUCGCCGGAGCCUGAGGACACUUCUCUGUCGUCACAGUUAGUUUUAUAUGUGGCACUCAUAAAGAUGAGGCUGAGAACACGGAAAGCUUCUCAGCAAUCAAAUCAAAUCCAAACACAACGUACUGCUAGAGCAAAGAGGAAAUAUUCAGAGGUUGAUGAUAGCCUACCUUCAGGGGGAGAAAAAACACCGAAAAAUGAAACCGGCUUGUUGUCUUCAAUUAAAAAAUUCAUUAAAGGAAGCACACCCAAGGAAGAGAGAGAAAAUCCUUCGAAACGGAGUAGGAUUGAACGUGAUAUAGAUAAUAAUUUGAUCACAUCAACACCAAGAGCAGGAGAAAAGCCUAACAAACAGUUAUCUCGAGUAAGACGGAAAAGUCAAGUAAAUGGAGAAGCUGGUAGUUAUGAAAUGACAAAUCAACAUGUAAAACAAAAUGGAAAAUUAGAAGAUAAUCCUUCCUCUGGCAGUCCUCCAAGGACUACAUUGUUGGGGACCAUAUUUUCUCCUGUCUUCAACUUUUUUUCACCAGCAAAUAAAAAUGGAACAUCAGGAUCCGAUUCCCCAGGACAGGCUGUGGAAGCUGAAGAGAUAGUAAAACAACUUGAUAUGGAACAGGUGGAUGAGAUCACUACCAGUACUACUACGUCAACGAAUGGAGCAGCUUACUCAAAUCAAGCAGUUCAAGUGAGGCCAUCGAUAAAUAAUGGUUUAGAAGAAGCAGAAGAAACAGUUAAUCGUGAUAUCCCACCCCUUACAGCACCAGUAACUCCAGAUAGUGGUUAUUCAUCAACUCACGCAGAGGCUACCUAUGAAGAAGACUGGGAAGUAUUUGACCCGUAUUAUUUCAUCAAACAUGUUCCACCACUGACAGAAGAACAACUAAAUAGGAAACCUGCUCUUCCAUUGAAAACAAGAAGCACACCAGAAUUCUCCCUAGUUUUAGACCUGGAUGAAACACUAGUACACUGUAGUCUAAAUGAGCUAGAAGAUGCAGCACUUACUUUUCCAGUCCUUUUCCAAGAUGUCAUUUAUCAGGUUUACGUGAGAUUAAGACCAUUCUUCAGGGAAUUCCUGGAACGAAUGUCUCAGAUGUAUGAGAUCAUUCUUUUUACUGCUUCUAAGAAGGUGUAUGCAGACAAGUUACUGAACAUACUAGACCCUAAAAAGCAACUGGUCAGGCAUCGGCUUUUCCGUGAACAUUGUGUUUGUGUACAAGGAAACUAUAUAAAGGACUUAAAUAUCCUUGGAAGAGAUCUUUCAAAGACUAUAAUAAUUGACAACUCACCACAAGCCUUUGCAUAUCAGCUAUCUAAUGGAAUCCCUAUAGAAAGCUGGUUUAUGGAUAAAAAUGACAAUGAACUCCUAAAAUUGAUUCCGUUUCUGGAGAAGCUUGUAGAACUGAAUGAAGAUGUUCGACCUCACAUCAGAGACAGAUUUCGCUUGCAUGAUUUGCUGCCCCCAGAUUAAGUACAAAGACUUGUCAAAUCACUGAAGGGGGAGAGAAUGCAGGACCCUUUUGGACUAAGACAAAAACAUUGCCAUUACUGUUGAAAUUUUGCAUUUUUGUACCCCGUCUUGCUUUUCUUAUCUUUGGUGCCCAAUAAUAAUCAAGGGUUACAGAAAGAGACUUUAUCUCAGAUUGAAUACACACAGUAGGUAGGCUAAAACAGAAGAGUCUUUAGAACUAGUGCAACUCCAGUGAAAUUUUUUUAUGUACAGGACAUCUGCAGUUUAUAAAGAAUUCUGUUUCUGCCACCAGCAGUUUGACCUGUAGUCACACAGGAUUUUAUGAUAAUAACAGAGAUGAAAAUGGACUUUUAUUUUCUCUCUGUUUGGUGCUCUAAGUGGGUUUGUAGCCACUUUUCUGUUACUUUAAGAUUCUCAUUUCAACAGGAAUGGCCAGUAAAAGUUGUUUUAUUUUUCCUGUUAAGGUUUAUAACCUUUUUACAUUUUUGACCUGUAUUAGAUUAGAUUUUCAUUAUGCAUUCCUUUUAGUUGAGGCGCUUCAUAGUUUUCUGGAAAUAGUCAAUUUUUAGUUUUUUAUUACACAUUUGAAUGGCCGUUUUCCUGCUUUGUCUGCCUGCAUAUUGUAUAUUUGUUUAAAAAUAUUCUCUACUUUUAGUCCAUGUAAGUUUCAUUUAGAAAGACAUGCAUUUAUAUUUUGUUUCUGUAAUAUUCUACUGUAGGUGAAAUCUUUUAAAAAAAAAAUCAAAGGACUGGGUA